CACCACCACUAGCCAAAGCAGCAGUCAACUGCCGCAUCGAUCACAUCACAUCAACCAGUAAUCAAUUGACCAAGCGGUUCUUGCGCCUAGCUAGGUAGCUCGAGCAAUGGCGAAGUGGGCGGCGGAAGCGACGGUGAUGGUGGUUCUGGCGGUGACGGUGGCGGUGGCGGUGGUGGCGGCGCAGGCGCCACCGCCGGUGCAGUGCGAUCCCGGGAAGCUGUCGGCGUGCGCGGUCCCGAUCUUCUUUGGGACUGCGCCGUCGAAGUCGUGCUGCUCCAACCUGCGCGCGCAGGAGAAGGACGGGUGCUUCUGCCAGUACGCGAGAGACCCGAUGUACGCGUCCUACAUCAAUAGCACCAACGCCCGCAAUACCAUCGCCGCCUGCGGCAUCGCCUUUCCCAGCUGCUAGGCUAGCUUCGAUCGCCAUGAUGCAUGGCGUAUAUUAAAUAUAUGGUGUGUGCUUGAAUAAAGGAUGUGAGUUUGAAUCAGUAAGAACUAUCGAUCGAUUAAUGCACCCCCGUACGUACGUGUUUGAUCGAUCGAUCAGCUGGUGUCUCCUGACUAUUUAAGUUUGAGCUAAUUUCCGAUCUUGUGUGGUACUAUCAGUAGUAGUACUACUACACUACUACUAGUACUACUACUAUAAACAAACAUAUAUUUUUUAUGUAUAAAAAAAUAUACACAUAUACAAAUUUUGUA